AUGAGCUCUUCCCAGCGGCUCCACCCAUCACUCUAAGCCGCAUCAACUAUCCGUACUGAUGAUUUGCUCAUCCGGGGUGUCACCUUUGAGCCGCGGGCAGCAACAGGCCGCGGCAAAGCUGCGAUGGGACACUGAGCUGGGUUCCCACGGUAACGGGACUUCCAGAAUCACCAGCUCUCGCAACACCUCCUCAGCCCGACAGCAAGAUGCAGAGUCGAGGGUAAAUGAGAGGAGCCGGAAGAUGAUCAGCUUCCUUCCCUCAGUUCCACCCCAUCCCUGCCCAGCACCAAGGGAUUCUGGGAUAGGAUCCAGACGAGUGCCACCCUGACAAGGACAAGCAGUUAACGCAGGAGGAAAAGCACAAGAUGAUAACUUUGCAAAAGCUUCUUGCUGGGAAAUGUGAAAAAAUUGGCUUUGGACACAUGGGUCCUCAAUUAGGAUGGACAGAGGUAUUUCUGGCAGAGUACAUCGGCCCCCUUCUUAUCUACCCUCUCUUCUAUUUCCGCAUCCCAUACAUCUACAGGCGCAAGUACACACUGACCUCCAGCCCGCACCCGGUGGUCACCCUGGCCUGCAUCUGCUACUCACUUCAUUAUUUCAAGAGGCUCAUCGAGACCAUAUUUGUGCACCGGUUUUCCCACGGUACGAUGCCACUGCAGAGCGCCGUGAGGAACUGCAUUUACUACUGGGGAUGUGCUGCCUGGCUCGCCUACUACAUCAACCAUCCGCUAUACACUCCUCCAUCCUAUGGAAACACACAAGUAAACUUUGCCCUGGUCAUGUUCGUGUUCUGUGAAGUGGGCAACUUCUCCAUCCAUCUCGCUCUCAAAAACUUGCAGAAUGGCGGGUCAAAAUCAAGGAAAAUUCCACACCCUUCCAAGAACCCUUUCACAUGGCUGUUCUUUUUCGUCUCUUGCCCUAAUUACACUUACGAGGUUGGGGCUUGGAUAAGCUUAACGAUCAUGACCCAGACCCUUCCAGUGGCCGUCUUUACAGUCAUGGGUUUCGUUCAGAUGGCCGUCUGGGCAAAAGAGAAGCACAAGACGUACAACAGGGAGUUCAAGAACUACCCAAAACUCAGGAUGUCCAUCAUCCCUUUCAUCUUCUAAGAAAUGAAGGUCACUUAGCUGGCCGUUCGGAACUGGGAUUUCAGCACUUUUAUUAUAGCGAAAGGCCUCUUCUGAUCAUUGGGGUCUACAUGGUACCAUUCCUCCAUAAUUUUUAGGCUUAUUUAAGUCAAUAACCCAUCUGCAAUUUGAUGUGGAACUGAACCUGUCAUUUUAAAAAUGGGUGAGUUGCGAUAAAUGAUCUUAGAGAAAAACAGAAUUCAUGACUCUCACCAUCCUUUGAUGAAUGGCGGUGGCAGCCACUUGACUUCAGAUGACGUUGUUAGGAAUAAUUUAUUAUAGUUCAUAGUGACAGUGCAAUUGACACAGGGUGCAGAGUACGACAGAUUUAGUCAAUUCAUUAUAAGUUCUUGUGCAGGGAUAGAACAACAGAACGUCUUCAAGAACUUGAACUGACAACCUUUUGGUUACAGGUCCCUGAACAAUGAUCUGAAGACACUAUUAGCAAGCGAAUGCUUUCUUCCUCUUUUUCUAAUGUGUAGGAGUCGGAGCUGAAAGUGAAAAGUAGUCUCUAUAUCCUCAUAAUUCAGAAAUAAUGUCACAUAGCAAUACAUUUGUGAAGGGAUUUUGAAGUUGAGGUUGAAAUUUCAUGGAGCACAGGGAGAAGAAUACUUAUUGCAAUGUCAGCCUAUAUAUUGGGUGAAGGUAGAUGAAAAGCAAUAUAAAGCUAUAUUAAAAGCUUCAAAUCAUUUCGCUCUAAAAUGUUUGUGUUUUCUUUUGGAACCACCAGUUUCCUUUAACUUCAGAAGUAUUCAAAAAUAGAUCUAUAAAAUAAGAGCUAUGCCUGAGCUUUUCUCAGGAGCGACACCAGUGCAGUUUAAUAGCCAUAACAUAAUGGCAAUUAUUGAAAAUUUUGCAAAACACGCAUCUUUAAUUAACUUAAAUCACACUGCAUAAAUGGACCUGCAAGGAGUUAAAAAUUGUUGCUGCCGCACUGUUGUUCUCCCAUUUGAAGGAAGGGUUUUUAUACAUGUAUUUUUAGAAAUAUAUUGUCUAAACUGGUAAAAUCUAUCGCUGCACUUACGUAUUAUUAAUGUAAGCUUCAAAUAGAACAAAUACUAUUACAUAUAUCAUAUCAGGUAGAACAGCUGCUAGUGUAGUGGUUAGCGCUGCUACCUUUGAACCCAAAGGUCAUAGAUUCA